CAGCCAGGACGGCGAGAGACAGCCUUGGAUUGCAAGAUCCUAAAAGGAGGACACCUGUAGCUAGGAUGCGGUCAACACAAUUACUUGGCGGAUCCUUGAGGACCUCAUUAUUUUAAACUAAAAAGAAUAGCGAGCUCUCUUUUCCCCCCAUCUCUCCCGCUCAUCCCUAUAUUUUUCCCCCAAACAAUGCUUCUUUUUGACCUUUCCCAAGGAGAAAAGCUACAAAGCAGCCACUGUGCUUAUUGAACUGCCUCCCCCUGUAUCGCUUAAUUGAGAAGGUAUACAAAUGCUCUCAGUCCAGCCAGACACCAAGCCGAAAGGUUGUGCUGGCUGCAACCGUAAGAUCAAGGACAGGUAUCUUCUAAAAGCCCUGGACAAAUAUUGGCAUGAGGACUGCCUGAAGUGUGCUUGCUGUGACUGUCGUUUGGGGGAGGUGGGCUCCACCUUGUACACCAAAGCCAACCUUAUCCUUUGUCGCAGAGACUACCUGAGGUUAUUUGGUGUUACAGGAAACUGUGCUGCUUGUAGUAAGCUCAUACCUGCUUUUGAGAUGGUGAUGAGAGCCAAGGAAAAUGUUUAUCACCUGGACUGUUUUGCAUGUCAACUUUGUAAUCAGAGAUUUUGUGUUGGAGACAAAUUUUUCCUAAAGAACAACAUGAUUCUGUGCCAGACAGACUAUGAGGAGGGUUUAAUGAAAGAAGGUUACGCACCCCAGGUUCGCUGAUCUGCCACCACAUCGUUAAGAAUAUAAAGCACUAUGUUCUUUUAUCUUUUUUGCUCAACAUGUAUAUAAGAAAUGACACAGGAUCCUACUGAAUAGCGUAGAUAUAGAGAGACAUGAUGAUCACGUGGAAUAAAAGGCGGACUGCAUAUGUAUGUAGUGAAAAUUGCUCCAGUUCAGAGUUGAAUGUUUAUUAAAAAAGGUAACUGUACAUACUGCUGGAUUUUUAUUUUAUUUUAUUUUGGGGGGCUUGCUAUUGUUUUUUUCCUUUUUGUGUCAUUUGGCAUGAGAUGUUUAUUUUGGACUAUUGUAUAUAAUGUAUUGUAAUAUUUGAAGCACAAAUGUAAUACAGUUUUAUUGUGUUACCAUUUGUGUUCCUGUUUGCUUCUUUGUAUUGUUGCAUUUAGUACAAUCACUGUCUAAACUUAAUGUAUAUUUAUGCUUUCUGUAUCUACCAGCUAUUUUAAAUUAGCUGUAUCUUUCUAGUAAAAAGAAUUAAAGAGCAAAUCCCAACCAUUA